AACAAGGUGUCGGAACUGAGGCGCUUGCCCCCCAGUCGGAAGGUGGCAACGACCUUGAACGGUGAUAGCCUGCACCAAAAAGAUCUGGCGACUUGUUACACGCGCAUGGCCUGGCUGAACGAUGAGGUCAUCAACUCCUACCUCGCCCUUAUCGUCGAAUACCUCCGCAGGACCCACAACAAUGCUGGCCGACAUGACAAACCCCGCUUUCACGCCUUCAACACAUUCUUCUUUACCAACCUGCGCGAGAAAGGCUAUGAGAGCGUGCGUCGUUGGGCCUCUCGGGCCAAAAUUGGGGGGGAGAGCCUCCUGGACGUGGACACCGUUUUCGUGCCAGUCCACCACCACGCCCACUGGACACUCAUCGUUGUGAAGCCGAUGGCCAGGACCAUCGAGCAUUUUGACUCUAUGGGCUCACCCUCCCGGAGCCACGUCGAGACCAUCAAGUCAUGGCUCCGGGGGGAGUUGGGCCCAAAGUUUCGGGGGGACCAGUGGACGGCGUUGCCGUCCCGGUCCCCCCAACAAGACAACGGGAGCGACUGCGGUGCGUUCCUGCUUUCCACUGCGAAAGCAGUGGCCAUUGGGCUCGAGCCACUAUCCUACGGCGCAGCGGACAUUAGUCUGCUGCGCCGUAGGAUAGUGGCCGAGCUCAUGGCCGGUCGUCUAGAGGGGGAGUUUGACCCCGCCCAUGGUGGAGAGGUGCUGCUCUAA